AUGGCCCCGCGGAGCUGGUGCGAGGUCUGCCGCGGCGGCGCCGACGGAGGCGAGGAGCUCGUCGCGUGCGGCGACUGCCCGCGCCGCUUCCACGUCGAGUGCGCGGGCCUCCGGCGCGCCGCCGACGCCGGCGCGGGCUGGACCUGCGGCCUCUGCGGCGCCUCCGACGGCGCCGACGCCGCGGGCCGCAAGAAGCGCGUCGCGUUCGUCCGCGGCGAACACAAGGAGUUAAAACGGCGCGCGGCGCGCUUCUUCCGCAACGAGAAGGCCAAGCUCGCGCCCUUCGUCGAGGCGAAGCGCCUCGGCGCGCUCUGCGGCCCGAAAGGCGCGAAAGACGGGCCCCUCGAGCCCUUCGUCAUCGGGAACCGCGAGUCGUACGUCCAGGCGGCGCUACGGGACUACCAGGUCGUCGGCGUCAACUGGUUCCUCGAGCGCCACGCUUUGGGCGUCGGCGGCAUCCUCGGCGACGAGAUGGGCCUGGGGAAGACGGUGCAGACGCUCGCGUUCCUCGGCGCGCUGAAGGCGUCGGGCAAGCCCGGGCCGCACCUCAUCGUGACGCCGCUCGCCGUGCUCCAGAACUGGGUCAACGAGAUCAAGAAGUUCACGCCGUCGCUCACGGUCGCCAAGGUCCACGGCUCCAUCGCGGAGCGCGAGCGCGUGCUGGGGGACGUCGACGUCGCGUCCGGCGCGAAAGACGUCUACCUGACGACGUACGACACGUUACUGGCCGAGGAGGCCUUCUUCACGGAGGCCUUCGAGUUCCACGUCGUCGUCAUCGACGAGGGCCACCGCCUCAAGAACGCGACGUCCAAGCUCGCGCGGGGGUUGCGGCGCGUGCCGUCGCCGUUCCGCGUCCUGCUCACGGGCACGCCGCUCCAGAACAACCUGGGCGAGCUCUGGGCGCUGUUGCAGUUCGUGCUGCCCACGGCGCUGGGCGACUCGAAGCUCGACGACGAGCGGAAGCUGCCCAAGCACCGGCGGCCCGCGGGGGGCUUCGAGGGCGCGGACGACGACGCGCACCUCGAUCUGGACCGCGUCUCGGAGGCGCGCGCGCUGCUCAACGCGUGCAUGCUCCGGCGCGUCAAGGCCGACGUCGAGUCGACGCUCCUGCCGAAGAUCGAGUACGUGCUGAAGCCGCCCCUCUUCGCGCUGCAGCGCGCGCUCUACCGGUCGUUCCUGCAACGGGAGGGCGACGACGUCGCGGCGGCGCUCCUGACGCCGCAGCAGCUGCUGCAGCGCGUGCUGCAGCUCGCCAAGGUCGCGAACCACCCGAAGACGCUCGACGUCGCCAAGGCGCGCGACCGCGAGCUCCGGGGCCUCGCGGGCGCGGGCCUCGUGCGGUCCUCGGGCAAGCUCGCGCUGCUGGACCGGCUGCUCGCGCGGAAGAAGGCCGCGGGGUCGCGCGUGCUCCUCUUCUCGCAGUUCACGUUGACGCUCGACGUCCUCGAGGAGUACUGCGCCGCGCACCACGGCGACCGCGGCGUCGGCUACCUGCGUUUGGACGGCGCCACGGGCCGCAUCCAGCGCGAGAUGGACAUGCGGUCCUUCAACGCGUCCGAGUCGAAGAUCUUCCUCUACCUCAUCUCCACGCGCGCGGGCGGCCAGGGCAUCAAUCUGGCGACGGCGGACACGGUCGUGCUCUACGACACGUGCUGGAACCCGCAGGUGGACCUGCAGGCCAUGGACCGCGCGCACCGCAUCGGCCAGCGGGGCCAGGUGACGGUCUACCGCCUCAUCGCGCGCGACACGGUCGAGGAGAAGGUCCACGCGCGCGCGCACCAGAAACUGCUGCUGGACGCGUUGGUCAUG